AUGGUUCGUUCAUAUAAAAGAAAAACAACACCAACUUACGAUCUUGAAACCUUAAAGAAAGCAGUAGAUGAAGUCAAAACUGGCAAAAUAAAUUCGUACCAAGCUGCAAAAAAGUAUAACAUUCCUCGUAUGACUAUAUGUGAUAGAGUAAAUAACAAAAAAGGUAUCGUAAAGGAGAGCCGAGGACCACCCACAGUGAUUGACAGAGAAAAUGAGCUCAAACUUGCAAAUGGUUUACGGGUUAUGGAAAAAUAUGAGUUCGGACUCACUUCCAAAGAAACGCUAGAUUUAGUUGCCGUACACGUGAGUGAAAAUAACUACAAAACACCAUUCAAAAACAACAGACCCGGUUAUGAUUGGUUUGCUGCCUUCAAGAAGAGGCACAAUUUGUCCUUAAAAAGACCUCAGGCGGUGGAAAUGUCAAGAAAAGUGGCAUGUGACCCUUUUAUUGUUAAUGAGUAUUUUGAUACUCUUGAUGGAGUUUUGAGUGAACUUAAUUUAAAAGGAAGACCUGAUAAAAUUUGGAACCUUGACGAGUCAAGUUUUGGAAAAGAUCCCGAACGAACAAAAGUGGUUGGAGCCCGUGGAUGUGCCAGUACACGCACAAUCGCGUCAUCUGGAAAAGAUAAUGUCACAAUUUUGUUCACAGUCAACGCAAUCGGUGACAAAUUACCACCGUUGAUUAUACACAGAGGAAAAAAUACGUGGGACCAAUGGCUCUCAGAUAAAGGAUUUGAAAACACAUCCUAUGCUGCCACUAAAAAUGGAUGGAUCGAUGCAAAAGUAUUUGAAAAGUACAUGUUGAACACAGUGCUACCGCGUUUAAGUGAAGAUCCACCCGCUUUAUUAAUAUUUGAUGGCCAUUCUACCCAUAUCCAACUUAAAAUUUUAGAAGAAGCACAAAAACGAGGCGUAACUAUUAUAAAAUUACCAUCACAUGCAAGCCAUCUUCUGCAGCCAUUAGAUUUAUCAGUUUUUAAAUCAAUGAAAAACACUUGGGAUGCAAAACUUGUGCAUUGGCAACGGUUAAAUGUGGGCACUAAAUUGCCAAAAGAUGAGUUUAGUCGCCUUCUUGGAGAAGUGUGGCGUGAAUUAGACACAAAAAUAAUUAGAAAUGGCUUUAAAAAAGGGGGCAUAUAUCCAUUUGACAGAAACGUAGUUGCAGACGAAAAAUUUGAUCCAGAAUCAUUGAAAAGGUUCAGGGAACAUAAAACGAUACCAAAACAGAUUCAGACAUUAAAAAAGUUAAGUUUGGCGGCCGUUACCCAAGAGUUGAGCAUUAGCAAAAAUCCCAUAGCAGCGUCAUCAAAAUUAGUUUUGCCAAACCAGGAGAUGAAAUUUGAUAAGUCUAAUGAUUCAAAGCAAAAACCUAAUAAAAAUGUUAAAAAGAAAGCUAAGAAACAAAAGAAGUGUUUUGAUUAUGACGAAGAAUCUGAAAGUGAAUUAGAUAUUAGUUUUGCUGAAGUUUUCGGUUCUGCUGAACUUUCUGAUGAAGAUUUUGAUACCUAUCGUGAAAACUUUUUAGCGGAAAUAAAAAGUUAUGAUAACUUUCUUGAAGAUUUGUUGCAAGCCACAACAGAAGAAAAAGAAAAUGACAAAUCUUACGUAAAUAAUGAUGUAGACACUACAAAUAUUGAACAAUUUGAACCGAAUUUAAACAAAAAGAACCUAGAAGUUAGUGAUUGUAUACUAGUAAGAUUCACAACAAAAAAGUCUGUGAAGUAUUUUGUGGGGACCAUCAUUUCUAUUAAUGACAAUAACAUUCCUAACGUCAAAUUUUUAAGAAAAAUAAAAAAUAGUAAAUUUGUUUCCUUUCAUUAUCCAGACGUGGAGGAUAUAUCAGAAGUAAAGAAUGAUGAUGAUAUCAUAAUGUUCCUUGAAAAGCCUGAUAUAUCUCGAAGAGGGCAUAUUACUUUCAAAGAAAAUUUUAAAAUGUAUAACAUUCAGUGA